UGGUUAACAAAAAGACAAAAACAAUUGGCACAGUAGCAUUCUUACAAACAAACCCACGGGAUACAUCCUGGUAAUGUUUAAUCAAAGCACAUGUACAUGAUAUACUACGAUUAGUACGGUGCCUGACCAUACAGAUUCCCUGUUCUCUUCAUCACAGCCCCGUUUAAGGUGUUUGGGCACUGCAGUAACCUCACUAAGAGUUUGGGCUCUGAGGUCAAAUACUUUUAAACACUAGCCCUUAAAUUCACUGACCUCACAAACUCGGGUAAAUUAACGUCUAAGCUUCCUAACCUACAAAACGUGGUAACAAUACCUACCUCACAGAGUAGGUGUGAGGCUUGUGAGCCAUGAGCCCACCUGCAGAGUAAGCACACGCAAUAAACAUUUGCCAUCUAGUUUUAUGCAUGAUGAAACAGCUCCAGAAGUCAGCGCAGGGGCCACAAUGUAAGGCAUGGUGCCCUGUCUCCAAUUCUAGGGGCUUUCUCUUUACCCCUUCCAUCACCCCAAAGGUGUAGGAUAUUAUUUCUCAACAGACAAGUUUCUCCCCAACCCCCGCCUCUGGGUUUGGCUGAGGGUCCAUCUUCUCUAACCCAGCACCUCAAGGUGGUCCGAGGGUGCAAAGAAACGGCCCUAACAUGGGCUGCACAAACCCAGCCUCCGCCCUCCCUCCAGCAAAAUCUACGUCACAAGCCCCCUGCGAAUGUUCACUGAGCACCUGGUUCCGGCCGGAACCCCACCUCCACGCCCGGGAGAAUGACCUCAACCCCAAUUGGCUGUCUCCUGGGGCAACCAAGGAUGCGGUGGGCACGCGGGCCCCCGGCCGGUAUUUAAAGGCUGCCGCGGCCCUCGCCACCCCAGUCCAGCCCAGACGGUGACGGUGAAGCACCUAGGUUGAGAGGGAGCAGCAAGGUAACGGCGCGACCGCUGCCUCCCCCCAGCCCCAGCCCGCGAAUCCAGUGAGGCGGAUGUGCUUGGGACCCGGGAGCGGGUCUCACCGCGCGUUGCCCACCAACACCUUCUUCACCCACCAUCCUUACCCAAUCCCAGUCCCACCUAACCCACCUGGGCAAGACAACUCGGGUGCGAAGGAUCAGAACUUACGCUGGACAGCGACUGAGCGAGCAGAGAGGCGGGGAUCCUUCUGGAGACAAAGGCGUGAUCCCAGCGGUGGGCACGUGGUGCUGGGCGGAGAGAGAAACGAGGCCCUUGAGAUCGUCAGAUCUGUCCAAACGCGACGACAGCUUAUAGGGCGCUACCGUGUCGACCUCUCGGAGCACCCUGAAUCAUGACCCAGACCCUCGACACAAAAGAGGAUCCUCUUAACUUGGGCGGCGGCUGGGCAUCCUCUGCCCCGUUACACACCUGGUCAUCCGGCCCCCGAAGGCGCAGGGACGCUCCCGUUUACAGGCGGCGGCCUCGCUACGGUCCCCAGGCCGAGUACAAGCCCCCGAGGAACCAGCCGAAGCAGCAGUACGGUCCAGGCCCUUGGUUCCAGCCACCCCGGCGUCCCUACUGGGCCGUGUGUUCUAACUGGGGGCACUGGGGAGGGCCCUGGCGCCCACCUCCGGCAGGAUUCCGGAAGCCCCCGGGCCGGGCGCAAGUGAUCCGGGUGUAUGGCCUGCAUCCGCUCUGCCUUUGCUGCUGCUCCUGCUGCCACGGGCCCUGGAACCCCGGCUGGGCGAGGCCCCCGGGCAGGAAGAAGCGCUGGGGUCGCCGGAGCCGCGGCCUGCGCCGUCACCCUCGCCGCUCCGCCCAGAGGAGCCCUCCGGUGGAUCUGAGAACGCUGCUGCGGCCGGUCAACCUGUACGGGUGGCGCGCCCCCGGCAUGCGGGCGCCGCCCAACACCACGCAGUUCAUCAUGAACCAGAUCUACGAGGACAUGCGGCAGCAGGAGAAGCUGGAGCGCCAGCAGGCGGCGCUGCGGGCGCAGCAGGCCCAGGCGCCGGGCACAGCCUCCCCGGAGGGCGCCUUCGGAAACGACGCGCCCCCUAGCGGUGGCCAGGAAGACGGGGCGCCGCAAGAUCCUCGGUACAGCUUUGGGCAGAACCCCUCUCUCCUCUUCAGUCCUGACCCAGACGAGGAAAAGCAGUCGGCCACCUCACAGCUGGUGGAGGAAGAGGAAGGGGAGGAGGAGUGGUGUGACGAGGAGGAGUGUGAUGGCAAGGAGUUGGAGAGCCAGGAGGAGGAUGAAGAGGCAGAGGCCAAGGAUGAGGAGAGCGAAGAGGCUGAUUAUAUGGAGGAGCGGGAUGAGGAGAGCGAAGAGGCUGAUUCUAUGGAGGAGCGGGAGGAGGAGGUGGAGGAGGAUUUAGCGGAGGAGAGAGCAGAGGAAGAAGAGGGGCUGGCGGAGGAUGAGCAGACGGAGGAAGAGGAUCGUUUGCCUCUGGAAAUGCCUUUAUCAUUCCUGAUGGGGGCUGAAGGAGAGAGAGAGAACUUUAUGAACUGUACAUAUUUAAGCCCCAAAGAGAGAAUUCCCCAAGUGCCACAGGAAACACUCUUCAUGGUACAGGACAUUAACUGUUAAGACAUCAGGAAAGGGAUUGAGGAAUGCGAUGGAACUGAUUGGAGGCUAAAAUGAAUUAGCCACUUGUCAAAAACCAAUGAAAAAUGCUAUGGAUCUUCCUCAGAAGAACAUGAAGUUGCUUCUGUGGAACUGGUUAUCUGCCAUGGCCUCCGCAAUCCAUAAAUCCAUGAAUGGAGAGGAUUCCCCAUGGUCAGAAGUCAACUUGCACACCUAGUUAAAAUCUAAGGUAACUGCAAACAAUGGAACAUAGAUUUUGAAGCCUUGUUCCUGGAUAUAUUCCUUGUCAUAAGUUCACAGGAAUAAUAAAAAUAGAUUAAUAGAUUUUGCAGAAUGAAAUUUUUAAAGAUGA